AUGGACGCGCACGCCCUCCUCUCGGCGCAGGGGUGGCGCGGAAAGGGCCAUUCCCUUCACGCGACGGACGACUCGAUCGGCCUCGCGAAGCCGCUCCUUCUGAAUCGCAAGGACAAUACAAAGGGCCUGGGCACCAAGGCGCACUUCACGAGCGACACGUGGUGGAUGAACGCCUUUGACGAGCAGCUUCAGGGUUUGGACACGUCCAAGAAGGGGCAGGUCACGCAGACGGUCACGCAGGGGCGGCUGAACCAAAUUGAAAAGGUAUCGGGGGGCAAGUGGAUGCUAUAUGCGAGUUUUGUGAGGGGCGGGUUUUUGGAGGGGACGAUACAGGAGCACGAGAGGAAAGUCAAGGAGGAAGACGAGGAGGCGAGCGGCGCUUCUACGCCUGAGAGCGAGGAUACGGCGGCGGAGGGGACGAGUAAUUCUGAGGGCGAAGAUAAGGAGGUGAAGAGGAGAGUGGUGAAGAUUAAAGAGAAGAAAGAGAGGGGCGAGACCAAAGAGGAGAGGAGGGCCCGGAGGGCUGCCAAGAAGGCGAGGAAAGCGGCGAGGGAGGCGAGGAGGUCUGACAGAGCCGUAAGGAAGGUCCUAAAUCUGAAGGGCUCUUCGCCGAGGGAUCGGAAGGAGUCGAAAGAGGAAAAGAGGGCGAGGAGGGAAAUGAAGAAGGCCAAGAGGGAAGCGAAGAAGGCCAAGAAGGGAGUGUUCAGUUGA